AUGUCGUGUUGGACGAAGGGGCACAAAAUUCGUAAUCCUAAUGCUCAGAUAACUGUGGCUGUUAAGAAAAUCCAUACGCCGUGUCGUCUAAUACUCAGCGGAACACCGCUUCAAAAUACACUCGCAGAAAUAUGGUCAUUAAUGGAUUUUGUUUAUGCUGGAAGACUUAAUACUCUGGAAACAUUCAAUGAGAGAUUCGCGGUGCCGAUUACGCAGGGUGGUUAUGCGAAUGCGACAAAGCAGCAACUAACUACUGCGUACAAAUGCGCAGUGGUGCUGCGCGAUACAUCGUCGCCAUUUAUACUACGCCGUUUGAAACAUAAUGUCCAGAAAACGCUUGAUUUACCGGAAAAGAAUGAAAAGGUGCUGUUCUGUGAAAUAACUGAUGAACAGCGUCGUUUAUAUCGGGACUACCUCACUUCACGUGAAUGUGCUGGUAUUUUCAAAGGACGAGUUGAUGCAUUUGUAGGCUUGACUACUCUGCGUAAGCUCUGCAAUCAUCCCGACCUGGUCAAUGGUGGACCGAAUCGCCAUCAUGAAUUUGAUGAAACGGAAGACAAGACGAAAGCCUAUGGUUACUAUCGGAGGAGUGGUAAAAUGCGUGUGUUGUCGAAACUGUUGCACAUGUGGAGCAAGCAGGGUGAGCAAAAGGUGCUCAUAUUCAGUCAAAGCCGCGACAUGCUGGACAUUAUUGAACGCAAGUUGCAAAAUGAUAAGUCAGUUGUGAACUUUAGUAUUUUGUUGAUAUCCCCUCUGAUAUCAAAC